AUGCAGCAGCAGCAGCAGCAGCAGCAGGACUCUCCGCCGGCCCCCUUCUGCUGCGGCCUCCGCAGCAACAGCAUUUUUGCUGCUGCAGUGCAGCAGCAGCACCGGCUCAUUCGCCGCAGCAAGCAUCUUGUCACCUGGCUCAGGCGCAGCUGCAGCACCAUCAAAAUAUGGGCAGUGGCAGACGGAUCUCUCUGCCACUGCCUUGCUGCUCCUUCUUCUGGGGCGUCCUUCCUGCGUCUGCGUCAGCUGCCGCACCCGCGGAGCCUGCAGCAGCAGCAGCAGCAGCAGCAGCAGCAGCACUACCUGCUUGCUGCUCUCGAUGGAGAGGGGCUGCUGUCGCUCUACGACAGCAGCAGCAACUUUUGCUGCCUCUUAACAUUUAACUGCGGCGCAGGUGCUGGGCCAAUAGCCCGCCACAGCUUCUCUGCGCAGCACUUGGUUGUGCUGCAGCAGAUGCGGGUGGAGCAUAUGCUGCUGCUGCACCAGCGCAUGCAGCAGCAGCAGCAGCAGCAGCAGGUGGAAGGGCAAACGGAGACGGAUGAAGAGAGCUCUGCUGCAGCAGCGCUGGCAGCAGUCAACGCAGCGUUUGCUGCAGCACUGCCGCAGGCGCUGCAGGCAGGGCACAGCAGCAGCAGCAGCAGCAGCAGCACGAGAGCACUGCAGCUGCAGGACGAGAACCAAGACGAGAUGCUGCAGCAGCAGCAGCAAGCCUUCGAACUGCUGCAGCAGCUGCAGCAGCACGGGGACCUGCGGCUGCUGCAGAGCACGGGAGUCCUCAGCGUUGUCAAGGUCUGGUCUCUAGAACAGACUCGGCUAUGCAGCAAGCCAAGAAACAGCAGCAGCAGCAGCAGCAGCAGCAGGAACAGCUCCCAAGGAAGCAGCAGCAGGAGCAACAGCAGCAACAGCAGGCGCGGCAGCAGCAACAAUGGCAGCAGGCGCGGCAGCAGCAGCAGCAGCAGCAGACACAGCACCAGCAAUAUCGGUGGCAGCGGCCACAAGAGGUGCAGGAGCAGCAGCAGCAGUUUCAGCGGCAGCAGCAGCAGACUAAAAGCAGCAAUUGGCUCAUGA